AUGAAUCAUUUUAUAUCAAUCAAAUUAAUAAACUAUCGUGUAACAUCUAUGAAAGUUUUUAUAAAAUACUUAUCAACUAUUCAAUCUAAUUUUGAUUUGGGUAAUGAAAUGAAAUCAUUUAAUGAUAAAAAACAAUUCAAAAAAGCACUUGAAUUAUUUGAUAAACAUAUGAAAAACAAUAUUGAAACGUAUUCAAGUUUAGUCAUUACUCAAGCUUUGAAAGCAUGUACUCAUAUAAAAGAUCUUCAACGUGGUUCAGAUAUUCAUCAUCUUAUUUCAUCUCGUAUUCAACAUGAUUUUCACAUAUUGACCUCAUUAAUUCAUUUUUAUAUGCAAUGUGGUGAUGUGAGAAAUGCUGAAUUAUUAUUCAACAAAACGAAAAAAAAAACUUUGUCAAUAUAUGGAGCAAUGAUGAAAGGUUAUAUAAAAAAUAAUAUACCUAUGAAAGCAAUUGAUCUGUUCAAUAAAAUUGAAAAUCCUGAUAAAGUUAUUAUAAUAUUUGUUUUCAAUGCUUGUGCUGCAUUAGGAACAAGUGAAGCUUUAGAUUUAACAAAAAAAACUUUAGAAAAAAUGUCAAAAUCAUUGUAUUCAAAUUCGUAUAUAUUAUCUUCUGUAUUAGAUGCAUUAAUGAAAUGUGGUGAUGUUAAAUAUGCUGAAUCAGUAUUUAAUUCAUCAACAAAUAAAGAUCUAUCUAUGUAUGGAGCAAUGAUGAAAGGUUAUAUAGAAAAUAAUGAUCCUGAAAAAGCAAUUGAACUUUUUAAACAAGUGAAAAAUCCUAGUGAAGUUGUUUUCAAUCUUUUUUUCAAUGCUUGUGCUACAUUAGGAACAAGUGAAAGUUUAGAUUUAACAAAAAAAACUUUAGAAAAAAUGCCAAAAUCAUUUUAUUCAAAUUCGUAUAUAUUAUCUUCUGUAUUAGAUGCAUUAAUGAAAUGUGGCGAUAUUAAACAUGCUGAAUCAAUAUUUAAUUCAUCAACAAAUAAAGUAUUCUCUAUGUAUGGGGCAAUGAUAAAAGGUUAUACAAAAAAUAAUUGUCCAGAAAAGGCAAUUAAUCUUUUUAAACAAAUUGAAAAUCCAAGUGAAGUAAAUUUAAUUGUUUUUUUUAAUGCUUGUGCUCAAUUAAGAACUCAAGAAGCAUUAAAUUUAGUAAAAGAAACAUUAAAAAAAAUGCCAAAAUCUUAUUAUUUAAACUCUCGUCUUCUAAAUGCUUUAUUAGAUGCAUAUAUAAAAUGUGGUGAUAGUUCAAAUGGAGAAAUUCUUUUUUUAAAAAUGAAUAAAUCUAUUGAAAAUUAUGGAAAUUUAAUGAGUGGAUUUAAUAAGGAAAAUAAUCCUGAAAAAACAUUAGAUUUAUUUAAUAAAAUGAAAAAUGAUGGUAUUCAAGCAAAUAUUAUUAUUUAUCUUUGUCUUAUUAAAGCUUUAUCAAGAAUUGGUGAUUAUUCUUUAUCUAUAUCAAUGAUUAAACAAAUUCCUGAUUCUUUUCUUCAUGAUAAUCAAAUUAAAACAGCAUUAAUUGAUAUGUGGGGUAAAACUGGAUAUGUUGAUAAAGCAAAAGAUAUAUUUGAAAAAAAUCUUCAACCAGAUCAAGCAAUGUAUAAUUCAAUGAUUCAUUGUUAUGGUUUAAAUGGAAAAGCUACUGAAGCAAUUCAACUUUAUCAUCAUAUGCCGAAAGAUAUUAUUGAUGAAAUAACUUAUGUUUGUACUUUAAACGCCUGCUCACAUUCAGGAUUAAUUGAUGAAGCUCGUUCCAUCUUCCAAAGUAUUGAAAAUAAAACAGAAAGUAUUUAUGGUGCAAUGAUUGAUUGCUUUAGUCGUGGAUCAUUUUUUGAAGAAGCACAAAAAUUAAUUGAUCAAUAUGAAUAUUCUCAUCCACCUGCCGUAUCAAUGUAUAGUUAG